UCACACCUGGGAUCCAUUGAUAACAGGAACCGUUCAAGAACAUUUCAACACCAUUUGUAACCGUCGGAUGAAGGGCAUGGUUAGCGAUGCAAGGACGUCUCGAAUUAAACCUUCAUGGAUUGAAGGUACUCUCUGGCAAGAGAUGGUUGAUAAUUGGGAUACUGAAGAACAACAACAAAGGAGUUCAACCUAUUCCAAAUGUUGUUUGUCUGACCGUAAUGGUCUAGGUCCUCACAUCCACUUAUCAGGACCCAAGUCAUAUAGAGAAAUCCAAGAUGAUCUGGAAGAAGAGUUGGGAAGAGAGGUCAGUAUGGGUGAAGUUUUUUUCAAAACACAUACAAAGCCGGAUGGUUCUUAUGUGGAUGGCAAGGCAGAGAAAAUUCAUCAAGCUUAUCAGCAGAAGUUGCAGGAGAAGAUGGCUGAGCUUGAGGCAGAUUCAAGCCUUUCAGAUGGUACUUCACACCGUCGAGAGCUCACCACCGAUGAAUGUACUGCCAUCUUCCUUGAGUGCACUGAGAAGGAUUCACGAGGAACUCCUUAUGGUCUUGGAAGCCUCAAAGCUAAUCUUGGCAAGGGCAAGCAACGAUCACAAACUGAAGCCUUUCUUACAUUGCAAGAGCAACUCAAGGAAGCCCAACGACAAAUUGAAAUUCAGGCGACUCUCAAUGCUGAAGCUGCUGCUCGAGAAAAAGAGACUGCUCUCCUUGUGGCUGAGCAAAAGAAUGAGAUCAAAGAGUUGUCGUUGAUGGCAAAGUUUAUGCGCGACACUAAUCCAGCCUACUUGGAGUUUAUAGCCUCUCAAUCAGCUGAGGAGGACAAUCAACAUUCACCAACAACAUGAUCAACUCCAAUAUGGUUCCUAUAUUCUCUUAACUCAUGAACCAAGUUCUUUUGUUCAGUUUGUAUGUGUUAUAAACUCUUUCUCUCUUUGGUUUUGGUUUGAUUUCUGUUUUGGACUAA